AUGUACCGAGGGGCAAAGGUGGGGAGUGCAGAUCGAAGACAGGUGGAAGAUGCAAGGGGAUGGGGAGAGUUUCGACAAGUCCUCAAAGAGAAAAUCCUGGAAAAAGAGGACUACGACCACUGCGUACGUGCCCAUAGAUUCGAAGAGGUUGGACCAUUGUGCAUAGUUGUCUCUCUGGAUGUGACAUUCAUGAUCGAGAUCCGAUCAUCGAUACCUAUUGCUUUUUCCUGA